AUGGCGGUGGCUCGGGCCAGAACGAUGGUUUCGGAUAGUUUUGACAGUUUUGUGGCACCUGUUAUCAAAAAACCAGUGCCUAAUCAUCUUUUAGAAACAAAAAUCUAUGCCAAAGUUGGACAGAACUCUAUUUUGCAAGCCAAACCGUCAGUUAUUAAUUUUUCCGGAUUCAAAGUUGGAGAAAAGAUUACCCCAACACUAAGAUUAGCAAAUGCUUCUGAUGAAAGCCAAAGAAUGCAUAUAAUUCCACCAUCUACAAAGUUCUUUUAUAUCAAAUAUACAAAGAAGGAAUUGUGCCUGGUAAUGGUGAGGUGGAGGUAAAAGUGACAUUUGCACCAAUGGACUUCUCAACAGCUCACAUGAAGCUUCAGCUGAUGGUGUCUCAAUUCAACAUGUCUCCACUUGUUUGUUCCUUAACUGGAACGUCAGAGCCAGGACUUGCCAAAAGAUUAAAAGAAAAAGCGUGGAUAGAAGAGCUUCCCCCAUUACCCACCAAUGGAAUUCUGGACCCAUUACUGAUUGAUCCUCUGGGCAGAACAAGACUGAAGAAACUUAAGACUAGACCUUGGACUCCAGGAGAGAAGAGAAGCCAGGAACUGGUCAGAGAUGGCUUGAGAUUUCCAACCAGUGGUCUUGACAAUCCAUCCUCUGUGUGCAGCAUCCUUCUACAACAACCUGGAAAACUGAAAGCCAAGCAGAUUAGAGAAGCUGUUCAAAAUAAGAAGGAUGUUUCGGGGAGCACAAAACAGAUGAAAGAGACAAAGUUCGAGUAUGAAGUCCAUCAGAACAUUCAAGACGAAAGACAAAAUCAGCUCAGAUGGUGUGUAAGGUUAGGUGAAGAUCCCAUGUCAGAAGCGACAAGAAAACAGAUUUAUGAUAAAAGGAUAGAUGAUGAAAGGGAGUACAAGCUGAAUCGAGGAGACCCGGUGAUAGAAGACGAGUAUGACCGGUCGUGUGUAGGAUGUGAACUGAGAAGAAUCCACAGGCAAGCGGAUGAAGUCCCUCAAAAUGAACCCCGAUUUGAUCUUCUUGUUAAUGAUGAGUGGAGCAAGAGGCACAUGGUCGUGCAGAGGUUUGUUCAAGCGGGACGAAAGGUCAUAAUACGUCUGAGAGCCAACAGACACUUAGGUUCCCUUGGAGAAUUCGUUACCAACUGGAGGAGGGGAAAAUUCACGAGGGAACACUCAAGAAGUCAACUUGCAGAGAGUGAAGGAGAAAAGUUCUUCGAUGAAGAUGAGGUACCUCUGCAGAUCUCGUCUGAAGGCAUUUUUCCGUUUUCCUUUCCUUCGUACAAAUCCCCGGACACAAAAGAUGAUAUGGAUGUUGAUGCCCUUGGUACAUUGAGGGUACAAGCGACCGUUGUCAAUGUCAAAAAACACGUCCCUUAUUAUAACUUAAAGGUCCCCAAACAGUAUGAUAUCCUGGGUUAUAACCGUCACUCAGUAGCCGACGCGUCUUCGGGAUAUGUCCCUCCAAACCUCGUUCGUCCUUUGAGGGUUGGCGCUGAGGACGAAAUAAUUAACUUAAUCAGCAGUGUACCGCUGACGUCAGUGAGAAGCCCCAGUCCAGUCCCGACCACGGAAGGAGGCGAGGAAACUAAAGAAGAGGGAGAAAGGGACACAGCGCAGAGUCCACAAAUGAAGAGUCCCAUUAACACAACCUCGCAAGAGGACGUGGCCGUGCAGGAGCCUGAGGCAGUGCCCCUAGUGGUGCCUGCAGCACUGUUCCGACCCACAUCUUACCAUCCCCUGCAUAUUUUUAACCCCGCGCCAGGCUUGCAAGUGUUUAAGCCUCCUCUUCCUUACGCGGAAGUGGAUGAAGAUUAUCAUUUGUGCCCCUUACCUCGCAACAGAACUGCUGGAAAAUCAGGGAAACAAGGCAGGAAAUACCUGGAGAGACAGGAUGUUAUUCCUGGUGUUAUGACGUGGAAGCGGUUCCCUUGUCAGCCACUGGUAUCUAUGGCAGCAAACCCAACGAUAUCAAAUGUGUGGAUUCCUCGAUGGACUGACCCAUUCAGUGAGGAUAUGCUGCCCACGGAAGUGCCUUCGUUACUACAGGGUCUCCCGGAUGAUGACGUCAUGAGUGAUGACGAAAUGGAAGAGGAAGGAGCAGACCCGGGCUUCCAGGAGAUCCCAAUCCCCACGCCAGAGAUGGUUAACGCCCAGUUUGCCUCAGCGGAGAGUAUUCUUGGAGACCAAGAUCAACAACGGUCGUCGCAGUUAAGUGAGAUGGUGCUUCACCCAGGCGGAAACACGAGAAGCUUAGUGGCUGCUCCAACAGCAGCAACUACGUCCUUAGUUCCAAGGGAGAAGCGUGAAAAGGAGCUAAACGAAUUUUUGAGACAGCGGCAGAAUAGAGUGGGAAUGAGGAUUAAACAAAGGGUGCAAUCCAUAAAUGAUGCCAUGGCUUCGUCCAAUCUGGAACUAAAAUAAAAUUUGGUAAAUUUGAAACCAGGAAACGGAUGUAGUAGCUCUUUACUUGCUUUAGUUGAAGUGUAGAUUGUACUUGUCUUCGUCCAAUGUUUGUCUUUCUUUGCCCAUUUUAGUGAGUUACAUCUUCUCUGUGAAAACAUUUGCCUCUUAGGCUUGAAUUGUAGAUACAUUAAGUUUGAAUAUUGUUGACGCGUAUGGUCGUCUUCGAUGAACAUUCACAUACGCGAAACAAAACAUUUUGUAAUUAAAGUGUCAUAAAAUGA